UUAUGCAUAGGAGAUAUCCGUCUUGAAUCAAUGGAGACUGGAACUGCUUUGGUCAGAUCAAUGAUUCAUGUAAUGAACAGUGCAAUCGAAAAUGGGUACAAAAUUGAUAUUAUAAACAUGAGCUAUGGGGAGCGCACACAUUUUAGUGGUUCAGGGCGGUGUGGUGAGUUGAUGUCUGAGGUGAUAGACAAGUAUGGAGUGGUAUGGGUAACAGCUGCAGGUAACCAUGGACCGGCUCUGUGCACCAUUAACACACCUCCAGACAUUUCCGUCUCCAGUAUCAUCGGUGUGGGUGCCUAUGUGUCCCCGGACAUGAUGGAAGCUGAGUACUCAUUGCGUCAGAAACAGCCGGGGAUGCCAUUCACCUGGUCCUCACGGGGACCGACCAUUGAUGGAGAAAAGGGAGUGACUGUAUGUGCUCCGGGAGCUGCUAUCACAUCUGUCUCCUGCUUCACACUGAGAGGUUCCCAGCUGUUGAAUGGGACUAGCAUGUCUUCCCCUCACGCCGCUGGAUGUGUAGCACUUUUACUGUCUGGCAUGAAGGCUAGAGGGCUUCCUUAUUCUCCAUUCUCAGUAAAGAGAGCCCUUGAAAAUACUGCACUCUUUGUAGAAUCCAUGGACGUCUUUGCUCAAGGUUAUGGUCUUCUUCAGGUAGAGAAAGCAUUUGAAAAUCUAGUGAAUUAUCACGACUCUCCUGACAGAGAAGUGAGAUUUCACAUCUCCUGUGGUCCUGGCCACAACAAAGGCAUCCACAUCAGAAACGGUGUUCAGGAUGUGCCCAAAGAAUACACAGUUUCUGUGGAGCCAUUCUUCGCUGAUGCUGACAAUGUAGAACCAGAAAGGAAAAUUGACUUCCAGAUGUCUCUAGUGCUAGCUUGUAGUGCAUCUUGGGUACAACAUCCAUCCCACUUCGAAAUGAUGAACAUAUCCAGAGCAAUAUCCAUCAGAGUGGAUCCUAGAGGGUUACCUCCAGGAGUUCACAAACACAUGUGUAAGAGCGUACGAUGUGAACAAACCGGAAAAAGGCCCAGUGUUCAAAGUGGAGGUGACAGUGGUCCAGCCGCACGUGUUAGAUAGUCUGAAGCCAGAGCUGGUGUGCAACACAGUGUACUUUGAUCCGAACACCAUCCGGAGACACUUUAUCCUGGUGCCUGACCCCGUCUCAUGGGCUGUCAUCAAACUGCGGGGCCUGGAGCGGGAGAACUUUGGCCGCUUCGUCGUUCACUGCAUCCAGCUGAGACCCAAACACUCGUGCAAGGCAAUAGAGUUCCACA